CGCGCACACGUACGUUAUGACAUCGCGGAAGUGUUUAGGAACUUGAGGGUGUGCACAGUCGGUGCUCUCUGACAAGUGUACCGCCGUAAAUGGCGAAGCGGUGUUUACGUGUGCCGCGCCGAUGUAGUAGACAUUUCACGAAGUGGCCGUGUUGUCAAGGCAAUGCAUAGGGCUGUGUUUAUCUUCGCCCGAGCAAUGCGGACUAAAUUCCUAAUGAACAUUGUCUCUGCGUUAAGCGCGUGAAAUUGUUCGACGGUGUGGUGUAGCCUUCGUGCGAUGACUGCCAGUCGGUCACCGUGUCCGUGUUCAUUGCCUAACAUGGUAUACACAAGGCCGUUAAUCGAAAAUCGCCUCGCUGUUGGACCAGCGGACAUUAUUCGGCGCCUACUCGUGUAGUGGCGCCGUGCAUUGGGUGGCUUACCGGGUGCCGUCGGCUAUGGUCGUCAGCGUCAAGGUAGUCUAGGAUUAUCGAGACCUGUUGAUGAUCUAGAAGCCGCGUCCUUUCGACGUUGUUUGUAGGAGCCACGGGAAGAGAUCGGCAAUGAGUGUGCUCACGGAAAAUUGCGUUCUGUCGCGAACGCGAGCUCAGGAUCUGAAGAGCGUUCGGAAACUAAACUGCUGGGGGAGUGAGCUGGAGGAUGUCAGCAUCGUGCGAAAGAUGUCUCACGUGGAAGUCCUUUCGUUAAGCGUCAACAAUAUCAGCACACUGGCAGACUUCGCACACUGUAAGAAUCUCCAGGAGCUUUACAUACGAAAGAACAACAUUGGAGACCUGAACGAGGUUCUCUACCUAAAAGAUCUUCCUAAGCUUAAAAAUCUUUGGCUGGCCGACAACCCGUGCGCGGAAAGUGACAACUACAGAAUGACGGUGUUGAGGCAUCUGCCCAAUUUGCAGAAACUCGACAAUCAGACUGUUCAGAGUCACGAGGUGGAGCGAGCGCAAGUGCAAGGAGCCGUGCUUAUUCUUCCGACCCUCGACACUGCUGCAGUCGAAGAGAAGGCGCCGCCGACGGCACCCAGUAGUAAUCACAACAAUCGUCAGCAGUCCAGUGUCAACCAGCCGUCGACUAAGUUCAGCCCACCACAGGCGCAUCAGAAUGGCUCGGAGGACGGACACCACAAGUACAGCAAUGUUUCGCGACCGAGGGAGCUUGAAGUGGAAAUGCCGGCCACAGAAGCCAAUGUGCCAAACAGGGCAGCCGCCUUCCAGAGCCCUCAAGUAACCAGCCCACUUUGCAAAGAUCCCCCCAGGCUUGCCGAAGCUGCCUGCUCUCCUGUGCUCCCCAACAUGCCUCAGGAUGGCCACGCCUCGUGCCAGGGCAUGUCGCCUGCCGAGCAGCAUGCAUUUCACGCAAGGGUCCAGACGUUGAUAGAUCACUCAGGCCGAAGGCUGCGCAAGAGUGCAGAAAUCACCUGCGAUCCAGUGGCACUUUUUGAAGGUGAUGAUUCCGCAGCUGCAAGGCAGUCCAACGCCCAAUUGGGCGACACUCGGCGGUUUUCAUCCGUGGAAUACCUGCACACACACUCCUUGGAAUCGGAUGCACUUAUGUCCCCACCGCCAGCCGACAGCAGUGUGCGAGGUGGCGCCACGAUGUAUGCCGAGGUGCACAGGUCGCACAAGGCUGAGAAGGGCUCUCCAACUCGCCUGCUGCCCAAAGGGGGCAAGAACAGGAACGCAAACAUACUUUCAGCCGUCCUGUGCCUCAUCAAAGAACUUGACUAUGCCAGCCUGGAGGUUGUGGAGACAGCUAUUCAUUGCAGGAUGGAAGAAAUGGAUGGUUAGGAUCCAUGCUUUGAGCACCCUGCAUCACUAGCAAACUGCAUUUUUAUGUAAAUUCUGCACUGCGUACUCGUAACACUGUGCCACUUAUGAAAAGCAACGAAGCGAAGGUGGCUAUUCUCACUUAUUUAUUGAUCUAUGUUGCCGAGAGUUUGGAGGUGGUGGUCAUGGCGCCUACUUGCCGAGUACGUCUAUGUGUAUGAUUCACAGGUUUCUGCUGGCUUCAUAUAUCUGUGUCUUGGAAAUAUUGAUAGUGAAGUUGAUGCUGUGAUGUGCAAAGUGGGGUUGAUUGAAGCACUACCAUGCCGGUUUAUUGAAAUCCUUAGUGUAGAAAUUUAUGCGGAAUUAGUUUGAUUUAACCAUUCUGAUUAGAUAUGUGUGUUCGAUAUUGCAGUGCAACUGCCCUCUCAUUUGAAUAAAUUCACUGGUAGGAUUUGUGAUCUGAUAGGCUAUUGUGCCAACCGAGGCCGUGGUGUCGCAGGUUAGUUGGCAUCCUCUGAAUAAAGACAACAUGAAUGAUGCUGUGUGAAUGUGAGGAAAAAGGCUCUGCUGUAAAUUGCCUUCUGUAACUUCUAGCAGAACUUGUGCAUAAUCAUCGUAAUGUAUUCGCACAUAUAUGUACUGUUGUGGGUAGUGGUGUAAACAGGUUUAGGCUACCCGAGCACGGUUUUAAUUUCCAGUCCUUGAGAACUCUAUUUGCACUGCAUUAUGUAAUGACAUUCCUAUACACUGCAUUUUUUUUUGGCCUUGUAUGUAACAUGCAUCACAAUCUCUUUGCCCUGGAUUUUACUUGUGUUUGUUUAACUAUCUGCUGUGAAAGAUAUCUAUGUGAUCUAUUUAUUUUUACAUUUGUGUUACACUAAUAUAAAUCAAAACACUAUUUUUACACCAACGAGCUUCACAAACGAAUGAGAUACAUAUUGUGUGCUACUUACUGUAGAUGAUCACCCGCAAGAACAGACAUUGAAGUCAGUCCUUCAUGCCAAAGUAUGUCCUUGCUGUGCGAGCCAGAUAUGGUUUGCUGUUCAAUAUGCAUUUUUGCGUGCAGCUACCUUUUACAACUUUUUCAUUUUAUCGGUGGUGUUUUUUUUUUAUUAUACAGGUGUGCUUAUCUAUCAAGCAGUGUCUAAUGAUUUUUGCGUAUCCAAGAUACUCGCACAACACUGGCAACAGCCUUUUCUUGACAGGGUGUUAUGUGAUAUAUUUUUUUUUAUAAUGUCCCCGUCACAUCGCUGCUGUUUAUGGCAUCUCAGCAACAUUGCCAAGCCAUACAGGAGCUCUGGACUUCUUGUUAGCUUGGCAUGUCCUGUAGCUCAAGAGUUCACAGUUCACAUUACGCAAUAAUGGGAAGUAUCAGGCCAGGCUAGAUUGUUACUGUAUGCUGGCGCUCUUGGCAUGCCCAAGCCCUUCUGAAAAAAAAAAAAAAUAUUACCUAUAGAAAGAGGCUAUGCUCAUCAUACUUUCCUUAUAACCUACGAUUUGAAUGGGUAAUCUAUCACAAAGUUUCUCACACAUUUUUUUUUAGUCUAUUCGAUAUAGUAAUUCUACAUAACUUGCAAGCUUGAGUACUUUCAUUUUGUAUAAUCAUUCUUAUAUGCAAACUUAUCUACCUUAAUGUAAAGAUACUGUCAUAAAGAAAUUUGGAUGUUUUCUUUUUAUUUACUAUCACAUUUUUUUGUAGUGAGCAGACCUAUUUCAAGUUGGAGAAGCAAUUCAAGCUUUAAAGAAAACAAAAUGUUCUUGGAAGGCUGCAUUCUCUGCAUACAUGUGUCAGCCAUCUCUGUUUGUUGCAUCAAUAUGGAAUUGCAAAUAGAUAGUGCCAAACAGUAUGGAUGAGCAUAUAGGGCUAGGCACUACUCUGUACAGUCUGACUUGCAUAGUGCUUUCACAGCUAGUAGAGUGGAAGGAUCUGCAUCUUGAAUUAACAGGAUUCGUCUUUGGCAAGCGUGUCUUUAAUCAUAAUGCUAAAAACUUGAGUUAACAAGCCCUAAUCAAUUGAACCACACUUACGUUACAGUGUGCUGGAGCAGGAAUAUCAAGGACCAGGUCUUGUAUAUCUUAUUGUGCCAUUAAAAGUGUCUGUCUAGAAGUCUCAUACAUCUGGUCUACUAGUGGUGCAUCUACUAGUUUCAGGCAUCUGGUGGUGCCAAACCUGUGUUCCUUUAAUUAAUAAAGAUUGUUAAUGAAAUGCAGUCCUCGCAAGAUGCCACUUGGAACAAACAUAGUGGUUACAGUUUCUUUUGUACUUAUAAUUAAAUGCAACCUGGUAGUGUAAUUCACCCAUCGACCACAGAAAUUACGGUAUGUACGUUUUUUGUUGUUUUAACUUAACUUUCCCAAGAUACUACUAGCUGAUUGCUUUAUUCUGCUGAGGUAAAACUUUGUUUUCGGUUGAAGAAAAAACAUUCCUUCACAGCAGCUCAAGAAGAAACCAUGGAAGCUAAUCUAAGUGGUCACAAUAUUGGCAUUACUUCAAUCACAACUGAUGGUAUAUAUCAGUUGACAGUUUUAAUUAUUUGCUGUGCGUGAGAAUGGGUAUGUGUGGUGCAGCAUUGAGAACUCUAAAUACUAUGAGCAAGCACAAGCUAUGUCAAAGUAUCACUAACUCCUAUUAGCCAGUACAAGCGACUAUCCGAAUUGAACUUCCUACAAAGAACGCGAUAUGUGGCAUGGAUUUUUGAAGCUUGGCAUGAUUAGAGGGCAUUCAUCUCCAACAAUUUCAUUAGUUAAUAUUUACCUUAUUGAGAGAUUUUGUCUAUAUUGACACCAAGUUCCCAUCCUGUGAUUUCUGCAUGAGACUGCACAAAACAACUGCUCGGCAUUGCCAUGUGACGGGGACGUGUGCGAGUGCUGAAGCAAGUCAUUCUGAGAGCGCUAGGUGGAUACAGUGAGACUAGCAGUCUGUUUGUGUGUCUGAACUUGUGUUUGUGGCACUCUUGAACCUUUCAGAGAUGAUUAAGCAGACAGCUGUUCAAGAGAGAUGCGAAAGCAAUAAUCAUGCAGACACUGAUGAAGGCCACUGUGGAUCUAGUAGCAUCUUAGAGGACUUCUUUACGGCCGCGAGAAAUCUCCUGAUAGCUUUUCAAUAGCACUUUUUUCUUUCUUUUUGAGAAUACAAAAUACAGCUUUAUGUAAGCCUGCUCAUCUCACUUCUCUAUGCAUUAAAUUAUUGUCUCGCAAUCUGGAGCAGCUCUGUGCAAGUCGUGCAAGACAUAAAUGAUUUUCAAUAGUCCAAACAGUGGAUGGCCUCAACUGUUGCCUCGCUUCAUGACGCGGUACCUUGCGUAACUGGGUGAGGCUUAAUGUGUAAUGAAUUCCCAAUGGAGUGCUCCAUUCAAGUAGGAUGGUCAAACAGCAUGAAACGCAAGUCUUCUUCGCUACAAAGGCACAAAGAGUCGCUUUGUAAUGCAACGAUGUGCAAACUUUUAGUUGGUGCGAGGUGGCUGUCAAGUGGUUGGAUCAUCGCCUUUCUUUCCUUUUUAUUCAUUAAUUGCUUCAGUGUACAAUGCACACUUUACUAUUACUACCUACUUAAUCACCACUGAGUUACCAUGUCACUUACUUUUGGGCCUGUGUGCUUUGCCUAAGUUUAACUCAAACCAUAGAGAUAAUGUUAGCUCUCUUUUACAAAGGAAACAAACACACCACUUGUAGGUUAUAGUUUUUUCAGUUGGCUUCAAGAAAGUCUGCAUGUGCUCAAUGAGACGUUUUGUCUCUUGAUUUUAGUUUUGUCCUUUGUUUUUAGUGUCAGUUGGUACAGUAGUUAAUCUUAAACUGGGAGGGACAUUAUUGAAUGAUGAUGCUUGCCUCUCUGUGUAGAGCAUGCAUAGACACAUAAUAGAGAAACAAAUGGCUGGCAUUUUCCUUGCCAGCUAUUGCAAGCACUGGUAACAAGUGGUUGUGAUUGUUAAUGCUCAGUUUUUUCUUUUUUAUUGUCUUUUUAUGCUGAUUUGCAUCAUCUCGGGAAGACUUGGCAUAGCAACAUGUGUAUGCGUUUCUAAGUGCCAGUGCACUUUCAAAGAUUUGCGAGCUUGUUUUUGACUGCUUUUUCUUUUUCUUUUUUUUUUGUUCUACCUGAGCCACUGCUUGAUGAAGCUGUGAAGUGUUACUGUGAUUUUGUUAUACUUUAAUAGUUUCUUUCACAAUGAUUAAAUAUGAGGCUUUGAAAAUUUUGAAAACAUUAGGAAGCCAAUGCCUUAAGGUUCUUGAGUUUAUUUUUUCUGAAACUUUGGCAUGUUACUAUGUAUGUUUGUAAACACAUGAUUUUCACAAAUUUGUCACUACAAAUUGUGCCCCCAGACAAAUCACAUAUGCAUACUUUUGUGUUUUAAUAGAAGAGACUGUUGGAUCCAUUCCUACAUUUUGUUACCAAAAGGUCAUUUGCUUUGUCAUUCACAUGAUAGCAUCCAGGGAACGAACUUAAAGAUCUUUUGAUCAGUGUUGGAUGUAUAACAGAAUAAGCUAUCCACACUUCUUGCGAAUCAUUGUCCAAGUAUGUAGAACUUAUUCAAAGGUUUGAUGCUUACUCUUUGAACCUUUUGAUACCAGUUUGGUGAAGUAUGCUCAUUCAUAAAACCAGUCUUUCCCACUCUCUGGUAAAAGUACUAGUACUAGAUGCAAAAUGCUCUACAGGCGGUGGUACAGGAAGAAAAAGUAAUGUGCCUCUUGAACAAAAUUGCCCAGAGUAUCGAUGUACAUUUUUGGACACCUAGAUAGUGACUGGCUGGCUCAAAGGAUGGUAAUCACCCAUCUGAUAAAUGAAGUGAACUAGAGUAAUGAGAGGGCUGCAAGACGUUCUGAAAGGUUACGUAGGGAGCAGCUUUCAUCCCUACUUUACAAAUAGGACGGUUAUGGCAACUGCCUACCAAGAUCACGUGGCAAAAAUGAAACUAUUGCUUGACGCCUAUCUAGGAUCAUGAGCUUGCAUGUCAUUUGUUAUGUUCAAAGAAUCUCUGAACAACAUUCCUAUGUCUUGGGAAUUGUAAGCUGUGUAGAGGGGCCCUCUACUCUUUCUCACACACGGUAAACCAACCUGUUUUGGCUUGUAUACAACAGUGUUGCGAGUCCUAGAACCAAUGGUCAUUAUUAGCAUGGUAAAACGCAUGAAUAUUAAUACUUAAGUUCACGAACUUGUGCCAGUUUACAAAAAGCAUAAGCAGAUCUAGCAAAAAAUUCUAGGGCUAAAAUGAUUUCUGCAUGCAUUGUUGAUGUGCUCGGGUUCCCAGUGAUUCAAAAACUAUCUGUUGGAAAUCUCUAACUUUUUCCAUGCGCUGCUUAGCAAUCUGACGAAUCUGUCGUCCAACUCUGCAAGGCCCUCGCAAAGCUUUGCCGCAAUACACCUUUUCAUCAGUUUCUGGUGAUCUUUGGAAGGUUGUCUACAAGUUGCUGCUACAAAAGUGUGAAAAGGUUCCUUGAAUAGUUCACACUACCACGUGUAUACAUGCCACAUGAUAAAAAAACGAUGUUUUCAGAGAGUAUUGUAAGGCCCCUCAGAGCAACUUUCUUCUAGCAAGAGUUGGGUGUUCAGCACAAUACCCAAAAAUGAGCCAAUCAGCAACAGUAUAUCAAGUCUUGUCUUUACGUGGAAAGUAGCAUUGUCUUGAUAGCACUUUGGCACAUAAAAAACUGAAGAUAUUAGGUGUCACACCUUUUGCAAUGUAGUGCUUCCAACAAUAUGACUUGUUCUGAUAAACAAAAACUUUCUUUUUGCAUUGUGGUUUGCACUCCAUUGUAAAUUUGACAUGCUGUAAUGAGAUUAUUAUGCAGAGUGCUGGAGCAAUUGACUGAUAAUUUUUUAAUUGCUGGGCUUGAUGGGCUGAAGAAAUAUACUGAUAAUUUUAAUUGCUAGGCUUGAUGGGCUUACAUUAUCAUAUACCAUAAAGUUGGCAUGUGCAUGUUAAAAAAGUAGCUGGGCAAUAUGUUGUUUUCGGGAAAGGCUGAUAUCAAGCCACCUUAGCCAGUGAUCAGCAUUAUCGUACGUUUUCUACUUUUUAAUGAUGCACCUUUAUUUUUAUGGUGUCUAUUUGCUAGAUUUCUGUUAACUACCUUGAGCUGAAGUGAGUAGUAUGUGCUAAACUAAAAGUGAAUAAGUUGUGCAUAGUUUACAGAAUAAACACUGAACACAAUUA